AGGAAGAAGAGGAAGCAAAUGUGAAUUUAAAUUAUGAUUCAGAGAAUAAGACAUAUCAAAAUAAUUGGAAUAACAAAAUAAGUGAAAGUCUAUCUCAAAUUGUUAGUAUAGAUAAAGAUUUAUUAAAUGAUGUAGCAGAUAAUGCAGGUAAAGAUUCAUCGCAUAAUACAUGUGGUAUGGUGGGUAAUAUGAGUGGAAAUUUAUAUCAAAGUUUUAGUGACGAGAAAGAAAUUGAAUAUUAA